GCCGGGGAGGGGGCAGGAUGGCAGAUCCAAGACUCCAGAUCAGUGCAGCCCUCCAGGGUCGGACCGUCUAUGGAAGGAGGCGAACAGCCUGCCUCUUCCGCGUCAACGCGCUCUCGCUGGUCUACCUGCUGUUCCUGCUGCUGCUGCCCUGGUUCCCGGGCCCCUCCCGGCACAGCAUCCAAGGUCACACUGGCCGCCUCCUCCGAGUCCUGCUGGGCUUCAGCCUCCUCUUCCUGGCAGCCCACCUCACCUUCCAGAUAUGCCUGCAUACCAUGCCCCACCUGGACCAGCUUCUGGGGCCGAGCUGCAGCACCUGGGACACCAUCUCCCGACACAUAGGGGUCACGAGGCUGGACCUGAAGGACGUGCCCAGCGCCAUCCGCCUGGUGGCCCCCGACCUGGGUGUCCUGGCGGCCUCCUCCUUGUGCCUUGGCGUCUGCAGGCGCCGCACGCAGAUGGCCCGGCGGAGCCAGCGCGCCCAGGAGCCGGAUGAUGAUGAUGGGGACGUGGACACCGGCUCCCUGGUGGGGCUGCAGGAAGCCCCUGCACUGCCCCGCAAGCGGAGAUUGUGGCUGGCCGCCCGGUUCCGGAUCACAGCCCACUGGCUGCUGGUGGCCGCUGGGCGGACUCUGGCCGUAGUGCUGCUCGCGCUGGCAGGCAUCGCCCACCCCUCAGCCUUCUCCAGUGUCUACUUCCUGCUCUUCCUGACCAUCUGCACCUGGUGGGCCUGCCACUUUCCCAUCAGCCCCUUGGGCUUCAGUGCACUCUGCGUCAUGGUGGGCUGCUUUGGCGCCGGCCAUCUCCUCUGCCUCUACUGCUACCAGACGCCCCUCGCCCAGUCCAUGCUCCCACCUGCCAGCAUCUGGGCCAGGGUGUUCGGUCUCAAGGACUUCGUGGCCCCCGCCAACUGCUCCAGCCCCAACGUGCUGGUCCUCAACACCAGCCACGACUGGCCCGUCUACGUGAGCCCUGGCAUCCUGCUGCUUCUCUACUACACCGUGACCUCGCUCCUGAAGCUCCGAGUGCGCCAGCCCGCGGACUGGGGGAAGGAGGCGGCCGGGGACGACGAGGAGUGGGAGGUGGAGCUGACCGAGGUGGACCGGUGGCCCCAGGGCCAGGCCAGGGCUGCAGCCACCAAGGAGGAGGCCACCCAGCACACGAUGCCCGUGCCCGUGCCGCCGGACCCUGAGGACAACUGCAUCGUGCACGACCUCACGGGCCACAGCGCUGUCCAGCAGCGGCCCCCGCACCCCAGGCUGACUGGGCUUAAGGAGACGUCUCCGUUGCACGGCCUGGGCCACCUCAUCAUGGACCAGAGCUACGUAUGUGCCCUCAUUGCCAUGAUGGUGUGGAGCAUCACGUAUCACAGCUGGCUGACCUUCGUGCUGCUGCUCUGGGCCUGUCUCAUCUGGACCGUGCGCAGCCGCCACCAGAUGGCCAUGCUCUGCUCGCCGUUCAUCCUGCUCUACGGGCUGGCGCUCUGCAGCCUGCGCUACGUGUGGGCCAUGGACCUGCAGCCCGAGCUGCCCACCGCCCUGGGCCCCGUCAGCCUGCGCCAGCUGGGGCUGGAGCACACCCGCUACCCCUGCCUGGACCUGGGCGCCAUGCUGCUGUGCACCCUGACCUUCUGGCUCCUGCUGCGCCAGUUCGUGAAGGAGAAGCUGCUGAAGAGGGCACGGGACCCCGUGGCGCUGAUGGAGGUCACCGUGGCCGCCACAGAGCCCACGCGGACGCGGACGCUGCUGCGGAGCCUGGGGGAGCUGGUCAGGGGCGUGUAUGCCAAGUACUGGGUCUACGUGUGCGCCGGCAUGUUCAUCGUGGUCAGCUUCGCCGGCCGCCUUGUCGUGUACAAGAUCGUCUACAUGCUCCUCUUCCUGCUCUGCCUCACCCUCUUCCAGGUCUACUACAGCCUGUGGCGGAAGCUGCUCAAGGCGUUCUGGUGGCUGGUGGUGGCCUACACCAUGCUGGUGCUGGUGGCCGUCUAUACCUUCCAGUUCCAGGACUUCCCCGCCUACUGGCGCAACCUGACCGGCCUCACGGAUGAGCAGCUGGGGGACCUGGGCCUGGAGCAGUUCAGCGUGUCUGAGCUCUUCUCCAGCAUCCUGGUGCCUGGCUUCUUCCUGCUUGCCUGCAUCCUGCAGCUGCACUACUGCCACAGGCCCUUCAUGCAGCUCACGGACCCCGAGCACCGCCCCCCCCCCAGCGCCCCCACCCUGCGCUGGGCUCACAGGCAGGACACAGUGAGCGGGACCCCCCUGCUGCAGCAAGAGGAAGAGGAGGCGGCACCCGGAGACGAGGGGCUGGGCGUGGCCGGCCCCCACCAGGCCAUACAGGUCCCGGAGGCCAGCAAGUGGGGCCUGGUGGCCGAGCGGCUACUGGACCUGGCUGCCGGCUUCUCGGACGUCCUCACCCGCACACAAGUGCUCACGCGGCGCCUGCUAGAGCUGCACGUCUUCAAGCUGGUGGCCCUGUACACCACGUGGGUGGCCCUGAAGGAGGUGUCAGUGCUGAACUUCCUGCUGGUCGUGCUCUGGGCCUUCGCCCUGCCCUACCCCCGCUUCCGGCCCAUGGCCUCCUGCCUGGCCACCGUGUGGACCUGUGUCAUCAUCGUGUGCAAGAUGCUGUACCAGCUCAAGGUCGUCAGCCCCCACGAGUACGCCAGCAACUGCACCGAGCCCUUUCCCAACAGCACGAACCUGCAGAAGACGGAGAUCCACGAGUCCUUGCUGUACCGGGGACCCAUCGACCCCGCCAACUGGUUUGGGGUGCGGAAGGGCUUCCCGAACCUGGGCUACAUCCAAAACCACCUGCAGAUCCUGUUGCUGCUGGUGUUCGAGGCCAUGGUGUACCGGUGCCAGGACUACCACCGCCGCCGGCACCAGCUGGCCCCGCUGCCGGCCCAGGCCGUCUGCGCCGACGGCACCCGCCAGCGGCUGGACCGCGACCUGCCCAGCUGCCUCAAGUACUUCGUCAACUUCUUCUUCUACAAAUUUGGGCUGGAGAUCUGCUUCCUGAUGGCCGUGAACGUGAUCGGGCAGCGCAUGAACUUCAUGGUCAUCCUGCACGGCUGCUGGCUGGUGGCCAUCCUCACCCGCCGGCGCCGUGAGGCCAUCGCCCGCCUCUGGCCCAACUACUGCCUCUUCCUGGCGCUCUUCCUGCUCUACCAGUACCUGCUGUGCCUGGGCAUCCCCCCCGCCCUGUGCAUCGACUACCCGUGGCGCUGGAGCCGGGCUGUCCCCGUGAACUCUGCCCUGAUCCGGUGGCUGUACCUGCCUGACUUCUUCAGUGCCCCCAACGCCACCAACCUCAUCAGUGACGUCCUCCUGCUGCUCUGCGCCUCGCAGCAGUGGCAGGUGUUCUUGGUCGAGCGCACGGAGGAGUGGCAGCACGUGGCAGGCAUUAACACUGACCACCUGGAGCCGCUGCAGGGGGAGCCCAACCCCGUGCCCAACUUCAUCCACUGCAGGUCCUACCUCGACACGCUGAAGGUGGCCGUCUUCCGCUACCUCUUCUGGCUGGUGCUGGUGGUGGUGUUUGUCACGGGGGCCACGCGCGUCAGCAUCUUCGGGCUGGGCUACCUGCUGGCCUGCUUCUACCUGCUGCUGUUUGGCACCAGCCUGCAGCAGAAGGACACGCGCGCCCGCCUCGUGCUGUGGGACUGCCUCAUUCUCUACAACGUCACCGUCAUCGUCUCCAAGAACAUGCUCUCGCUGCUGUCCUGCGUCUUCGUGGAGCAGAUGCAGAGCAGCUUCUGCUGGGUCAUCCAGCUCUUCAGCCUCGUGUGCACGGUCAAAGGCUACUACAACCCCAAGGAGAUGCUGGGCCGCGACCAGGACUGCCUGCUGCCGGUGGAGGAGGCGGGCGUCCUGUGGGACAGCGUCUGCUUCCUGUUCCUGCUGCUGCAGCGCCGCGUCUUCCUCAGCUACUACUUCUUGCACGUCCGGGCCGAGCUCCGCGCCACUGCCCUGCAGGCCUCCAGGGGCUUUGCCCUCUACAACGCUGCCAACCUCAAGACCAUCGAGCUCCACCGCAGGGCGGAGGAGAAGUCGCUGGCCCAGCUGAAAAGACAGAUGGAGCGCAUCCGGGCCAAGCAGGAGAAGCACAGGCAGGGCCGGGCCGGCUGCGGCCACCUUCAGGGCUCCCUGGACCCCAGCCAAGAGCCAGGGCCCGGCAGUCCAGGGGGCUCCUCCUCGCCACGGCCACAGUGGUGGCGGCCCUGGCUGGACCACGCCACAGUCAUCCACUCCGGGGACUACUUCCUGUUCGAGUCCGACAGCGAGGAGGAGGAGGAGGCCCAGCCUGAGGACCCCCGGCCGUCAGCACAGAGUGCCUUCCAGAUGGCGUACCAGGCGUGGGUGACCAACGCCCAGACGGUGCUGCACCAGCAGCGGCGGGAGCGGGCAGAGCAGCUGCCCACGGGAGGCGACCCAGGCCAGGAGGCAGAGCUGGCAGAGGGCUUGGAGGCUGAGGUGGCCGGCCGCAGCCACGUGAUGCAGCGAGUGCUGACCACCGUGCAGUUCCUGUGGGCGCUGGGCCAGGCGCUGGUGGACGGGCUGACACGCUGGCUGCACGACUUCACGCGGCACCACCGCGCCAUGAGCGACGUGCUGCGCGCGGAGCGCUACCUGCUCACGCAGGAGCUGCUCCAGGGCGGAGAGGUGCGCCGGGACGUGCUGGACCAGCUGUAUGCCAGCGAAGCUGAGAUGAUCCGUGAUGCACUGAGCACACCAUCGAGCGGGCUGGGGGCGGAGGAGCCACUGAGCAGCGUGACCGAGGACAGCAGCCCCCCGAGCACCAGCUACAACACCCACAGCAGCGGCGAGGAGACGGCCACCGAGCCCGGGGCGUCCCUGCAUGGCUCCCGGGAGCUUCCCGCCGGCGGCCGCGCCAGAAUGCGCACAGCCAGCGAGCUGCUCCUGGACAGGUGCCUGCACAUCCCGGAGCUGGAGGAGGCUGAGCGGUUCGCGGCAGGACAGGGCCGCGCGCUGCGGCUGCUGGAGGCCGUGUACCAGUGCGUGGCCGCCCACUCGGAGCUGCUCUGCUACUUCGUCAUCAUCCUCAACCACAUGGUCACCGCCUCGACCGCCUCCCUGGUGCUGCCCGUGCUGGUCUUCCUGUGGGCCAUGCUGUCCAUCCCACGGCCCAGCAAGCGCUUCUGGAUGACAGCCAUUGUUUUCACCGAGGUCACAGUGGUCGCCAAGUACCUGUUCCAGUUUGGCUUCUUCCCCUGGAACAGCCACGCUGUGCUGCGACGCUACGAAAACAAGCCCUACUUCCCGCCACGCAUCCUGGGCCUGGAGAAGAGCGACAGCUAUGUCAAGUACGACCUACUGCAGCUCAUGGUGCUCUUCUUCCACCGCGCCCAGCUGCUGUGCUACGGCCUCUGGGACCACGACGAGGACCCUCUCUCGAAGGAGCACGACAGGGGUAGUGGGAAGGACAAGGGGGCUGAGAAGGAGCCGGCCCUGCUGGGACCCCAGGGGGAUCCAGGGGCGGCCAGGGCUCCCACUGAGGACGACAUCCCGGUCGAAGCAAAGGAUGGGCCCCCAGAGCCCCGUGACGAGAGGCGCGUCAGCCUGCAUCUCAGGAGGAGGAGGAAGGAGAGCACAGACCCCAGAGGACGGGCAGCCCCUGAAGGCGAGGACGGCAAGGAGGUGGGAGCGGAGGCGGUGGCUGCAGAGAGCGAAAAGAGGCGGAGCCGCCCCCGCGCAAGAGUGAGGGCCCUGGGGCUCCGGCUGCAGAGCGUCUGCCUGUCUCUGGCCCAGAGCACGUACUGGCCGGUGCGGCGCUUCUUCCACGACAUCCUGCACACUCAGUACCGGGCGGCCACCGACGUCUAUGCCCUCAUGUUCCUGGCUGACGUCAUCGACUUCGUCAUCAUCAUCUUCGGAUUCUGGGCCUUUGGGAAGCACUCGGCGGCCACAGACAUCACGUCCUCCCUGUCGGACGACCAGGUGCCAGAGGCCUUCCUGGUCAUGCUGCUGAUCCAGUUCGGCACCAUGGUCGUGGACCGCGCCCUCUACCUGCGCAAGACCGUGCUGGGCAAGCUGGCCUUCCAGGUCGUCCUGGUGCUGGCCGUGCACCUCUGGAUGUUCUUCAUCCUGCCCGCUGUCACCGAGCGGAUGUUCAGCCAGAACGCGGUGGCCCAGCUAUGGUACUUCGUCAAAUGCAUCUACUUCGCCCUGUCUGCCUACCAGAUCCGCUGCGGCUACCCCACCCGCAUCCUCGGCAACUUCCUCACCAAGAAGUACAACCACCUGAACCUCUUCUUCUUCCAGGGGUUCCGGCUGGUGCCGUUCCUGGUGGAGCUGCGGGCUGUGAUGGACUGGGUGUGGACGGACACCACGCUGUCCCUGUCCAACUGGAUGUGCGUGGAGGACAUCUAUGCCAACAUCUUCAUCAUCAAGUGCAGCCGAGAAACAGAAAAGAGAUACCCGCAGCCCAAGGGGCAGAAGAAGAAGAAGGCCGUGAAGUACGGCAUGGGCGGCCUCAUCAUCCUCUUCCUCGUGGCCAUCAUCUGGUUCCCGCUGCUCUUCAUGUCCCUCGUGCGGUCCGUGGUCGGCGUCGUCAACCAGCCCACUGACGUCACCGUCACCCUCACGCUGGGUGGCUACGAGCCCCUGUUCACCGUGAGCGCCCAGCAGCCGUCCAUCGCGCCCUUCACGCGCCAGGCCUACGAGGAGCUGUCCAAGCAGUUCGACCCGCACCCACUGGCCAUGCAGUUCAUCAGCCAGUACGGCCCCGAGGACAUCGUCACGGCGCAGAUCGAGGGGAGCUCCGGGGCGCUUUGGCGCAUCAGCCCGCCAAGCCGGGCGCAGAUGAAGCGGGAGCUGUAUAACGGCACCGCCGACAUCACCCUGCGCUUCACCUGGAACUUCCAGAGGGACCUGGCCAAGGGCGGCACGGUGGAGUACACCAACGAGAAGCACACCCUGGGUCUGGCCCCCAACAGCACCGCCCGGAGGCAGCUGGCCAGCCUGCUGGAGGGCACCUCGGACCAGUCCGUGGUCAUCCCCCACCUCUUCCCCAAGUACAUCCGUGCCCCCAACGGGCCUGAAGCCAACCCUGUGAAGCAGCUGCAGCCCAACGAGGAGGCAGACUACCUCGGCGUGCGCAUCCAGCUGCGCAGGGAGCGUGUGGGCUCGGGGGCAGCUGGCUUCCUCGAGUGGUGGGUCAUCCAGCUGCAGGACUGCCAGGCUGACUGCAACCUGCUGCCCAUGGUCAUCUUCAGUGACAAGGUCAGCCCGCCCAGCCUGGGCUUCCUGGCCGGCUACGGCAUCAUGGGGCUCUACGUGUCCAUCGUGCUGGUCAUCGGCAAGUUCGUGCGCGGCUUCUUCAGCGAGAUCUCACACUCCAUCAUGUUUGAGGAGCUGCCGUGCGUGGACCGCAUCCUCAAGCUCUGCCAGGACAUCUUCCUGGUGCGGGAGACGCGGGAGCUGGAGCUGGAGGAGGAGCUGUACGCCAAGCUCAUCUUCCUGUACCGCUCGCCGGAGACCAUGAUCAAGUGGACGCGCGACAAGGACUAGGGCCGCUGGCGGCGGGGGGCGGAGCCUCGUCCCGGCCCCCGAGCGCUGAUGCUGCUGUCACUGGAAGCUGCGGCCCCCUGGCCCGGCACAGGACUGCUGUCUCUUCCCGCCCUCCCUGCGGGGCCCGGCGCCCCCUCCCCACUCGUACUGUAGAGUUUUCUAAUUAAAACCUUUUUAUUUA